GCCUCUAUAAAAGCAUAAGUAGGCAAUGUAGACUGCUGUGUCAAUCUGCCAUUACAUCAGCCAAGAAGAAGACUGCUGUGUUAUCGUCCAGUUUCAAGGGUGAUGAUGGUCUAGGAGAUGGCAAAAUGCCCGCCCCCUCCUGUCAUCGAUUGGGCGGGACGCUGGAUCAGCUGUUGCUUUACAAUACAAGUGGGUGCGGUUGUUGGGAUUGUCACAAAGACUUUCAAGUACAUUUCAGGUUCCAGACUUCGAGAGAUACAUUACUUUCCUCAGAAUUACGUCUUGGGAAAAGGGAUCGCAAUGAGGAACUCAUUUGGGUUAUGCUUGGCGUUCUGUUUCGCCAUCUUUGAGCUUGGUUCAGCCAUUCGCUGUUACGCCUGUCAGGACUACAGUGGCAGCUGCACGAAAACCCAGGACUGCAGCUUAGAUGAUGCCUGUCUGAGCCUGCAUGUGAGAGGUGGUGAUAUCAUACGCAGGUGUAUUAAGAACUCUGAAUGUAAUUUUAAUGAGUUAAGCAUUGCUUACCCACAAGUUGAAAGUUUCAGUUACAAGUGUUGUACGUCUAACCUGUGUAAUGGAGCUGUCUCCAUCUCUGGGGGCAAGCCUCUGCUGGGCCUGCUGGUGUCUCUGGUGGGCAUAUGGUGGUGUAUGCACUAGACACCCACACACAGCCCAACCAUAACCCACUAUACAUGCACACGUACAGCAUCAAUUUAACCUCUUCCUCAGACCUAAGCCUCUUCGACACACACGCAGGUUCCUCUCUCGCCCCUGUCUUUCCCCACCCUCAGCUCAGGUGCUGCCGUCAGUUUUUAUAUUUUUAUUAUCGCCCAGACCAACAGAGCGACUUGCAGAAAGGGGUGAUUUCUGACCGACCAUACCUGACUCCCUGUCUGGUUUUCAGAAGGAUACAAUUUGCACUAGAUCGGCGCUUCAAAUAGAUGCAGCACUAAUGAGGGCAUACUUUCUACAUUUUGAUUUGGCAAUGACUGUUGCUUCAGUUGCUAAAAGUGCUAUGUAUGUCAAAGGUGAUCUAUCAGAAGUGUUCGGCGUAAAAAUAUAUGAGAUGUCUUGUUAAACAAAAAACGUAUAACCUGUGAAUGCCCUUAAAGGAUCAGUACUGAGUCAGCAGACCGUAUAACUGCUCAUGUACUGUCAUGUCCACUGCUAGCUGUUAUUAAUCAGUGUUUUUUACCGAAUUAGUGACAUUAUGUGUGGCCGAUGUAGAGGCAAG